CACAGGAGAGAAGAGGAGACAGUCUCAUCUCUCCACUCUCUGUCUGCUCAGUGUCUAAGACCAAGCAACGGGUUCAUUUAUUGUUUUUUACUACUCCCCAUAUCUGGAGUUUAUUUUCACUUUAUGCUGGCUCAGCAUACUCUGCUCCUCCCUGCAGGGCAUCAAUCGGGGACAAACAGCAGGGCACAUGCUGGACUAAUUUUGGCUACAACAGGAAAAUGGUUCCAGUUAAACUUCUCAUUCUGGGAGCUCAGAACACUGGGAAAACAGCGCUGUGUGUUCGUUUCAUAACCAAGCGAUUUAUUGGUGAAUACGACCAUAAAAAGGAGAUGACCUACAAAUGCAGCCGGGUGGUGGAUCAGGAAGCUGUCGAUCUGGAGAUUCUGGACUUAACUUGGAAGGAGAGCUCUGUAGCUUCUCUGGAGUCUUCCAUUCGCUGGGCUGAUGGUUUCCUGCUGCUGUACUCCAUCACACAGCGCUUCAGCUUCCUGGAGGUCCCACAACUCAAGACGCUCAUUGACCAAACCAAGCAGAAUCUGGUGGUUCCCGCGGUGCUGGUCGCCAAUAAGGCAGAUUUGGAAAUCGGCAGGCAGGUGACAACAGACGAAGGACAGAGACUAGCCAAGGAUUUAAGGUGUGGUUUCAGAGAGUUGUCUGUGGCUGAAGCAGUCCUAGCAGUGGAAGCAGCAGUGCUUCAGCUCAUCAGGUUGGUGUUGGAUCAGCAGCGCCCUCUGCCUGAACGUCGCUCCUACAUGUUGACUGUUCGUCACGCUCUGACCAGGAAACUGACCAGAUCUAAGACCAUGCAGUGGUGACAACAGCAAACAAACCCCCAUGGAAAAAACUGUAGUGUAUAAUGGGUUGUUUUUUUUUUGUUUUUUUGUUUUUUGCUUUAGUUCUUUUAGUGUUAGAUAUCUCCCGUAUCUCACAUCCAGACUGAGAGUUAUCAUGCAACGUCUGGGUUUCUGGAUUUAUGGGUGAUGAGACCAGGAUUUAAAAAAUAGAAACUCGCCAGACACUUUUUAUUAGUUAUCCCUUGAUACUACUGGGUUGGAGUCUUUUUUUGUCUUCAAAAAUGUCUUAAUUCUUCAUAGCAUACAUUCAAAAAGCUACUGGAAGCAUUCUUCACUGACUCUUUUGAUCCCUUAACAUGACAGCAUCACAGUUGCAGCAAAUUUGUCAACUCUGUGAAUCUGUUGCUCCACCACAUCACAAAUGUGUUCUGUUGGAUUGAGAUCUGAUGACUGUGGAGGCCAUGUGAGUACAGUAAACUGGCAUGUUAAGGAAACCAGUUUGAGAUGAUCUGAGCUCUGUCACACAUCAUGUGUUAUGCUGCUAUCAGAAAAUGAGUUCAGUGUGGUCAUAAAGGCACGGAAAUGGUUAGCAGCAACAGCAAGGUCUGGUGUGGCAUUUAAAUAAUACAUAACAGAAAUAUCGUUCACCCCAUUAAACUACCACUGAAUUAUCGGUACAAGGCAGAAUGUACAUGUACCUUUCCAACAUACUUUCAUGUUAAUUGGGCCAAAUCAAUAUUCAUCAGACCAGGUAACAUUUGUCCAGUUUUUUUGUUGUUGUUUUAAGAGCCUGUGCAAAUUGUAGCCUCAAGUUUUGCUGCUGUAGCCCAUCUGCUUUGUAAAUUCAGAGUUGUAAAAAACGGUUAUUCAGUUGACUUCCUGUAAACUCAAAUCAGUAAAAUCACGUUUCUUUCCCAUUUUGAUCAUGAGAUCAAAAUGCCCAUGUCUAGGCAUGUACACAAUCAGCUAAUCACAUGAGUUGCUGCAAUACACUUGAGUGGUGUCUGAACUGACUGCUAGAAAGCCUACGACUCAGUGCCCCACAUAUGGAUACUUGUAAAGGCUAAUAGUACACUAAUAACAACAUUUAUUCAGAACUUAAUGGUCUAUAAAGAAAAGGAAAAUAUUUAAAUUAAGUGAAUGUCUCUAUUUAAAAACAAACA